ACUUGUAAGCAGGGGCGGACUAAUCAUUCGAGCACUCCCCGAGGGUCCGGGGUCAGUAGGGGGCGCCUUGAGAUGCCCCUGGUAUCUUUCGUUGGCUUUUUCAUAGGCUUUUUUUGGGUGUGGGCGAGGACACAGGGGCCCCAUGAUCCCCUAUUGCCCGUGGGCCCCAUGAGUUGUCAGUCUGCCCCUGCUUGUAAACACAAUCAAGUGUAGCUAAUCACCUUCUUAAUAACACACAAAAGCUGACCCCCUGGUCACACCACUGGCAAAAACCGUUUCCUUGAGUUUGCUAUUUCAU